GAGUUGUUGUCUGUUGUCGAUGAUGAGCCCGCAAAGAAUCAGCUGAAACGCAAACAACUCUACCGCCAUUUUCAAAAUGGCGACAGUGGACGAGCUGAAAAGUGUGUUAAAAGAAACCUUAGAAAACAGAGGAGUUCUUGGUCAAAUUCGCGCUCGAGUUCGUGCAGAAGUCUUCGGCGCUUUGGACGAUCAAUCAGAAGCAAGACCUGUACUUUCCAAUGAGAACUUGUUAAUCAAUGAACUUAUCAGAGAAUACUUGGCAUUCAACAAAUACAAAUACACGGAGUCAGUCCUUUUAGCAGAGACAGGUCAACCCAAAGAACCAAUGGACAGACAAUUUCUUGUUCAAGAGCUUAACAUCACAGAGCGAGACUCUACAUCACCCUCCAUGCCACUUUUGUAUGGCAUUUUAGCUCAUUUUCUUCAAGGAGGCCACAGCGAUGGAAGAAGAUUGAGAGGACUGAAGGAUGAGUCAUUGUUAAGGCCUGUCUCAAGAGAUAUACAUUCAAGAGGAAAUCCAGAGGGAUUGCUGCAUGUUCAAGAUAGAGGUGAUGGAGGUAGAUUGGACUCAAGCUUUGGUCAUGAACCUGAGCCUGUUGUGUUUAGAGGAGGGAGAAGAUGACACUUUUCAAUUUCCAGGACUGAUUAAUUCAUAACUUCUCUGUUACAUAUCAGUAACAAAUUCAGCUAAACAGGUUGUGAGAGCACAGCUCUUUAUAGAGCAGUUUUCAAUUGAGUGUUGAAAGUAAUCACCACAGGUUAUUACUGUCAUUGGUUUUGGUCUUUGUUUUACUACAGUUUGAGAUUGGCUGAGUGGUGUAACUGGUAAGUAAUUAGUUUGGUUUUGGUUUUAUGACACUCAAUUGAAAACUGCUCAAAUGUCACAGAAAGAAAAAAAAACAGGGGAGGGAUGUCAAAUGUAUAUUACAAAUGAGAAAGGGGAUUUGAGACACUGACCUUGGGUGCUUACCAUUUAAGUAAAACAUUUGGUUGGAAAGUACCAGUAAAUGACUGAACAGAAAUUUUCUGGGAAUAUUGCAUGGAAAUUGAGGACCACGUCUUGGAGUGGUCCUUUCGUUGCAGGUGGUAGAAACCAUUGAAAAAUUCUACACCUUUUUUCAUAUUCUCCCUUUUCCAGUCACCUAUCAGUGGAACUAAACAAUAACUAGAAACCAAAUAGGCACCAUCUUUUUAAAUCAGUUUUCUGAUGUUGAAAAAAAAAGCUUGUAGUGCAUGUAUUUAACAGUCAUCUCAAUCGGAACAACCUUCUGUAGGAUAAAUUGCAAGCAUUCAUCAUUUUGUUACCAAAUAGAGAACUCUGGCUUGUAAGAAAAAUUGUAAACUCAACAUCUAAUGGCUGGACACUAUUUUUAGCAUUUUGCACUGCUCAUUGGUUUUUACCUUGUUUGCUACUCCUAGUUCAAAAAUUGAUAAAUAGUACUUUUGUAUAUGACUUAAAGUAUACUAGAGUUAAAGCUUAUAGCUAAUGUUUUGUGUAAAGUUCAUUGAGUCCUCAGUGCCUGGAGAACUGGAAACAGGUUUUGCAUUGCUAAAUCUUUUCUUCAAGAUAUUGCUUUCUACAUCUAGAGUUGCCAAGUUCCUAGAUGUAGUUGUAACAAGAGUUUAUAUUUUAUAUAACCACCAUCAAUAGUUUGUAAUAAACUAACUGCCAUAAAUUAGCUUUAACUGCCAUAAAUUGGCUUUCAAAUGCCCUUUAAGAGCCAAAAUUACAUGAUGUAACAAGGUAAUGACAAAAUUUGAAAGGGGUUAGUCCUUGUUUUGUUUACAAUUCCCCAGCAUGGCUAGCGGUAGGCUCUUUAAUAAAUUGCCCUUAUUUCUCGGCUUA